AUGAGUUUUCUUGGGGACAUCGUGGAACACGAUACGGUCGAACCGACUGUUCCCGAAAUUACAGAACAUUCACAGAAACAUGGUUACCCCGAAUUACAGAAACCCUCUCUACCCAAAAGACAAUCGAAAUUCAAGAAGAAAGAAGCUCCAAAGAGUGAACCCAAGACCGAGACCCCUCCUCAGGCACCCCCAUCUGAGCCCAUUAGUGAAGCCCAGCGUAUACAUGAAGAGAAUCUCAAGAAGAUCAUGCUGUUGUCUCCAGAUCAAUUCAUCAGUGAGAGGGACGAACUCUUGCAAGGCCUUGACCCAAAACUUUUGGAGGGGUUGAAAAAGAGAUCAGCUAAGAAAGAUCGUGAACAUGUGCAUGCUGAAGGCCAUGAUGGUUGGAUUGGAGGAGGCCGUGAUGGUGUGAAUCUCCCGCAUCUCGAUACAGAUGAGGUCAACAAGGCGUUGGGUAUCAAGUCCGUCAAGUUUGAUGACAAACCUGUGGAACACCAAAUAAUGGAAAGCGUCGAGUCUGAUGAAGAGCAGGAAGAGAUUGAGGAGGAUUACCAAAUUGCUCCAGAAGAGGAAGUACCUGAAGUCGAAGUGCACUUUCCGAAACCUAAGAUUGCAAAUGAGGACCCUGACAUGGACAUCAAUGAUCCUGAAUUCCUCGAUAAGCUACACGAGAAGUAUUAUCCAGAUCUUCCCAAAGAAACGAGUAAGCUUGCGUGGAUGAAGCCUCAAGAGCCACAGAAGCGGAAAACAACCUACGAAGCCCUCACUGACAUGCGUUUUGAUUUCAAAGGUAAUUUGAUUGAGUUGGAUGCCAAUGAUGCCGACGAUAUACCUCAUUAUCUUGGUCUCCAUCACCAUUCCGCUGAUCCUCACAUGGCAGGGUAUACGCUACCUGAAUUGGGACAUUUGUCUCGUUCAACCGUGCCAACACAGAGAAGUAUUGCAUUUCAGACCAUUGGACACGACGAAAGUAAUCCUAUGACAGAGGAGAUCCUGACGUUGAUGAAGGAGUUUGAACUCAUGAUGUGGGAUUUGAUAGAUCAACUUCGUCUUAUCGAAACACUUACAGAGGCUGCUGACGAGAAAAAGAACAGAAAUCUCUCAACAAGGAAUUACGCAAUCGAAGCUCUUUGGCUUUGGAAGCAGGGCGGUGGAAAACCGGAGGAUACCAGAAGAACGGAAGAAGAGGUUAUCGCUGAGCAAUUGCUGCAGAUGUGA